GAUAAAAAUUGCUUUUGUCGUCAUCAUGACUGCAGACGAGAGAAAUGUAACAACUAGUUACAGUGUGAAUCUUCAGAAAAGAAAAUAUGAGCGUCAAAAUCUCAAAUACUAUCCGAAAUGGUUUCCAAUAAACAAUCACUUUCUGAUACACCAGAGGCAACCGACUCCAUCUAUAUGGGGAUGUUUGAAAUCCACCUGUGAAAGAAACUCGGAAAUGGCCUGUGUUUGGUCACAUUUAGUAGCUUUUGUGAUAACUGCAACAGCGUUCCACUGUUUUCUAAAACUUCCCGAGGAGUAUUUUCUGCACGAAUUGGAAGAGAAGUUCGUCAUUAGUUUUUCUUUCAUUGGAACGUGUACUUGCUGUCUUCUUUCUACAUUGUUUCACACUUUUUAUCAUCAUUCCGAACCUGCUUUUGAAUGGUCUCUGAAGAUUGACCUUUGUGGAAUUGUUGCUGGAGUCAAAGGUCCAUGGAUUGCUUGGUUAUAUUAUUCUUUCUACUGCGAACCGCUGUUCAGGGAUUUCUACAUGGUCAUUGUGUUAUUAAAUGCGGUAUGUGGCGUUUGGUUCGUCACACGAAGUCAUUUGUUAAGAGAAGGAAAAACUAAAGACAGGUUAAGAGUUCUUAUCUCCGUGUUUUCUCUUUGUCUACCUGGAUAUUUAAGAAUAUUUUAUCGAGAUGGACUGUUAUCGGCAAUGAAUAGUGGACAUGGGUGGGCCCUUCUUGGGUUCUGUUUCGCGGGAAUCGGAAUUUAUGUAUUUGCCACGAAGAUUCCAGAAAGCUGGUAUUCUGAAAAGUAUGACAAUGUGAUCAACAGUCACGUAAUAUUCCACAUUGCCGCGACAAUGUGUAUGUGGUCGGUGACAAUGAUGCUUUGGUCAUUACGAGAGCAAAGGCUAAUUAUUGGAGACACUUGUCCCAGAUCAUAAUGGUGCCAUAAAAGAAAUAUAAAGACUGGCCAUAUAGAAAUUAAUAUACUUGUAAAAUUCACCUAGUUUGGUAUCGCUUCUCCGUAUUAUUUAAUGUAAAUAUUCUAUUCAUUUCAAUUGCAUAAGUCUACAACGAAGGUCUAACAAUUCAUUAUUGAUAAUUUAAUAUUAUACCUGAUCUUCUGCUGAUUACGUAUGCGUUGUAAGUUGUAAUUAACGUGAUUUCUAUGAAUUCUAUAAAGCAAAAUGUUUGUGGUUUGUCAACG